AUGGAAGACAAUUGCUGGAGGAAGGAAGGGAAAUGUUUACGCUACGGGAGUGCAGACCACCAACUGGCCAAUUGCUCGGUCCUCAAACAAGAUGGAAGGGAGAGCCAACAACCGCCGAGAACCAAUUCUGGAUCAGCUAAAGGAGAAGGGACUAAACCCAAGGUGCUGGCUCGAGUGUAUUUGCUAGAGCCACAGCAGGUCCCUGACUCUUCCGAGGUCGUAGAAGGUACGAUCCUUGUAUUUCACCGAUUUGCGAAGGUCUUAGUAGAUCCUGGUGCCACACAUUCCUUUGUUAACCCUACUUUCAUGUGUGGUAUUGAUAUCAAGCCUGUUAGUUUACCUUAUGACCUAGAAGUUAGUACCCCCACCGGGGACCAUCGUUUGAUCACUAGUAUAGUUUAUAAGGAUUGCGAGGUUUGGGUAGGAGAGAGAAAAUUGCUGGGGGAUUUGAUCAGCCUGUCAAUUAAGGGGUAUGAUGUAAUCUUGGGCAUGGACUGGUUAGCCAGGUAUAAUGCUCAACUUGAUUGUAAGAGAAAGGUAGUAGAAUUCCGCAUUCCUGGGGAGGCUACCAUAAGAUUAGAUAUAAGGGAUAGUUAUGCCCUUUAG